UGACUGACCCACGUGAGUUAGUUCAGCUUCCUACAACCUAAUGCUAAGCAGCUAGCUAAACGAACAAGCUAAAUUAAGAGAGAAACUGACUUAAACGUCCAUUAAUUAACCUAUUUAAGCCCAGAACCUGACCUGGCAGCCGACCCUGCUCGGCUAAUAUGUCUCGUAACAGUAAGUCUCUGUUGUUUUUACUGCAGCGGUGUGUCGCAGUUAGACGGGUAACGUUACCGACAGGUAUCCAAACAAGAUGCAGCAGCAGCCUGUCGCUAGGCAGGUGCGGGUUCAUUCAGCAGCGGACUUGGACAUCGACACCCCGGGCAGUCUGUCAGCUUCAGUCCGCAGUGAGAAUCAGCCAGUACCGCUUCUGUACCAAGGCAGGAACACCUUGUGACGAUGAGUACCCUCCGCUGCCAGCCUAUCAGUCUGAUGCAGAAUCGGAGAAGAAGGAGGUGUACAUCAUGCAGGUGAGAGGUCUCCCGUGGUCGUGCUCCGCUCAGGACCUCCUGCAGUUCUUCUCAGAGUGUAGGAUCCGUGAUGGGGUGAAUGGGAUCCAUCUCACUGUGGACAAGAUGGGGAGACCAAACGGACAAGCCUUCAUUGAGAUGGAGCACGAGGAGGAUGUCUGCAAAGCCCUGGAGAAACACCGUCAGUACCUCGGCCCGCGCUAUGUGGAAGUGUAUGAAGUAACAAACAGCGACGCUGAAGCCAUGCUGAAGAAAGUCAUUCCGGCUGGACCUGAUGUCGGGGUGGUGCGGCUCAGAGGUCUCCCCUUCUCCUGCAACAAGGCCGACAUCGCCCAGUUCUUUUCAGGUUUGGAAAUAGAGCAUAAUGGAAUCACCAUCGUGUUAGAUCACAAAGGAAGAAACUCCGGAGAGGCCUUUGUGCAGUUCUCCUCAAAAACAGCAGCUGAUGAAGCUCUGAAGAGAGACAGACAGCUCAUUGGAAACAGAUACAUCGAGGUGUUUCCCAGCAGACUUGACGAGAUUCGUUUUAGUUGGAGGCAGAAGACGAGGUCAACUUCUCUUCAAAUGGGCGGCCCUCAGUCGGCGAGCAGGGGGGCUGUCCCUGCCUCACAGACCAAAUAUGGGUCUCCUCCUCCCUCAGCCCUGAGUAGUCAUUACAUCCACAUAAGAGGACUCCCUUUCCAGGUGUCCGCAGAAGACAUUGUUCAGUUCUUCUCUCCUCUGGUCGUGUCUAAGAUUUUGAUCGAAUGCAGUCCUGAAGGGAAACCGAGCGGCGAGGCUGACAUUUACUUCAGCUGCCACGAGGACGCCUUGACCGCCAUGUCCAGAGACAGAAUGUACCUAGGAGGAAGAUACAUCGAAUUAUUCCUGAACUCUACACCAGACUUUGAUGAAAGGAGGUGAAUGCCGAAACACAGAUGCCAAAUACACACACACACACAGGAAUACUGUAUUUAUUUUUCAGCCUGACUUGGACAUCAAACAAUAAAAAUUCCUGCUGUUAAAAGAAA